UUUUUGACAACUCAAGUUUAAUUUAAGUGGUGCUCCCACUGUAGGUAUGUGGCAACGUCUUGUUGCGAAGGAUCCUGUAGACCGUUACAUAUGGGUUACAUCUGACGUAAAGGAUACGGCCUCCAAGAUAACCAUGGAGGAGCUUCAAGAGUUUCGUAACUCCAAGUUACUGUGUGGAGGUGGCCCCGAGGAGGCCAAUUAUGACGUGUUUGUUCCCGGAGAUAGGGAACGUAUUUACCAUGAAAACAUAUCUACUCCUCGAAUUGCCGAUUGGUUGUGGGUGUACAAGCACAUGUUUACCAACUUGGGAGUUCGGAUCCCUUUUGCUCCCUUCGUCAUCUCCUUUCUGAAUCGGUGCGACGUAACACCCUCACAAUUACAUCCGAAUAGCUGGGCCUUUAUCCGUUGCUUCAAGAUGGUGUGCGACUAUUUGGAGCUCACAACCUCCGUUGAAGUCUUUCUCUUCCUAUUUUUUUUUUGACUAACCCUUCGAAAGAGGGGAAACAUAAGAAAGGGUAUCUCUCAUUCCGAGCCAUCUAGGGUCGACGGAUUUUCGGCUGUUGGAGGAUUCGUUUCACGGCUUUAAAGAGAAGUUUUUCAAAGUGUGGCCCGUCGAAGGUUGACAUCCCUUCUGGCUUACCUUAGAAGGGGAGCGUCGUAUACCAACCUAUUGGAGCUUCGGCGCCAGGACCAAUUAUUUAAUUAAAAGCACUUACAAGGGUUUGGGCCAGAGAAAUCGGCAAAUUGCUGACAUACUGCUGGCCAUUUUCGGUGCGAAUAACCUCAAUUCUCACCUCUUGAUGGGUGAUCGUGAGACCAGUAAGAGCCAUGUGGUGUCCAUGGCAGCCAGGCAGACUGGCCUUCCUGAUUAUAUGGCCCAAUUCCUCCAUUGGAACAAGGACAGCUUUGAGACCCCUUCUGCAAACGCACCUUCUUCUCCAGCUAUCGAGGUCCAGUCCCAACUCGCUGUCGAUGUGAAUCCCAUGACUACUGUGGUUGGUGGGGUUGGACCAGUAGAGGAGGUAUUUGUGGAAGACACUGGUCCUAAGGUGGCCAUCGUCAAGAACCCCUUGAAGAGGAAAGCCACGUCCAGCCUUGAAGGGAUGUUUACUGUUCCGUGGGUUAUCUGAAACUGGAGGUCGAUCUCGGACGAGAUCUUCUGUACUGGCCGGAACUGCUGUGUCCGAAUUGUUGGACUGGGUGGUGGUGCUGAUCCUUCAUCACCGGAGGGUGGUGGUACCUGCAAGGGACUCUGAUGCUUAAGUUAACAAGGGUAUUAAGCAGGUUUUUAAGAGGUUUAUUGCUCUUUUGAUGACUUUGUUUGAAGAGGGUUGCUUUCUUUGUUGAAAGAUGAUGUGAGACUUCACUCUAUUACUGCCUCCAAAGGAUACCUCUGGACCUUGGGUUGUGUCUUGAGUUUUCCUUUUUAUUGUUGAGUCUUCUAUUUGCUGUUUAUUUUGCUGUCUGAGUUGUUUGUCUGAUUUUUCGAGUAGUUUUGGUAGUGAUCCUGUUUUCUCUUUUUC